UGGAACAGCGAUAGCGAUUGCGCAGCGAUGGCGCACCGGUGGAGAGCGAUGGCGCAACGAUGGUGCAGCGGUGGAGAGCGAUGGCGCAGCGAUAGAACAGCGAUAGCGAUGGCGCAGCGAUGGAACAGCGAUAGCGAUGGCAGCGAUAGCGAUGGCAGCGAUAGCGAUGGAGCACCGAUUGAGAGAUGGCGCAGCGAUGGAACCAACGUUGCGAUGGCAGCUAUGGUACCAGCGUUGCGAUGGCGCUGCGAUGAGAGCGAUGGCGAUUGUCAGCGCUGCGAUGGUCAGGCGAGCGCGACGGCUGGGAUGGGGGAUAUAGCUUUGCGUCGUGAUGGCGAUGAGCUAAGCGCAUCGAUGGCGAUGGUGCAUAACGAGCAUUGGCGAUGGUGAUGAACUAAGCGCAUCGAUAACGAUGGUGCAUGGCUUAGCGCAUCGAUAUAGAAUGCCGUUGACAUUUGCAAAAUGUCCGAAUGACAGCGACACCGGAAUUUAUAGAUUUUCGGUGUUUUUGACCUCGACGCACAACAAAUCGCCGCGCCUCGG